CUCUCUCUCUCUCUCUCUCUCUCUCUCUCUGUGUCUCCCCUCUCGCUGCUUCUGCUGUCUCGCCGGUGGACAACAGAAUAAAUAAACCCUAGAAUCCCCAAAACACCGUCGUUUCAAGCCCUCCUUCCCGAAAACGCAAACCCAGUUGCUUUAAACCCUGAACGCUCUAUUGGACUGCAAGUAUUAAUUCUUCAACAAGAUGCAUGGGAUUCCUACAUAGAUGGUGCUAUGAUUGAUAUAUGCAUAAAAUAGCAUUUAAAAGUAGUAUGGAUGUUGAAGUGAUUGAUGUGGAAGAGGGGAACAUGGGCCAACGGGACCUCACAGAUGAUGGAGAUGAUGACUUCAAUGAGGGUGGAGAAGUGAACACCUUUGGAGACUCAACUGCUCAGGAUGAGGAUGGGGAUGUCGAGCCCCAUGUAGGUAUGGAAUUUGAUUCUGAAGAUGCCGCUAAGACUUUCUAUGAUGAGUAUGCCAGGCAUGUGGGUUUUAGCACCCGCGUUGGCCAGAAUAGCCGGUCCAGGAGUGAUAGGACUGUUACUACACGGGAGUUUGGAUGUGCCAGAGAUGGCUUAAAAAGAAGAGCUGGUGAUAGCUGCAAUGCAAUACUAAGAAUAGAAUUAAAGGAUAAAGAUAAAUGGGUGGUGACGAAAUUCGUGAAAGAGCAUAGUCACUCCACAGUGAGUCCGAGUAAGGUGCAUUACCUCCGACCGCGCCGGCAUUUUAGUGGUGCGACAAAGAACAUUGCUGAAGCUUAUGAAGGGGUUGGAAUUGUUCCAAGUGGUGUUAUGUAUGUGUCAAUGGAUGGAAAUGGUGUGCCUCUGGAAACAAAUCGUGGAUCUAGAAGUGGUCCUCUUGUAGAUUCAACUCGUGCAGUCAGGAACACAGGGUCUGUGAGUUAUGCUGUUAGACAUGCUAGUCAAAAAAGGACAUUAGGGAAGGAUGCUCAAAAUCUGCUGGAUUAUUUCAAGAAAAUGCAGGCUGAGAACCCAGGGUUCUACUAUGCUAUACAACUUGAUGACGAUAAUCGCAUGGCUAAUGUAUUUUGGGCAGAUGCAAGGUCUAGAAGUGCCUACAGUCACUUUGAUGAUGCCGUUACGCUCGAUACUAUGUACAGGGUUAACAAGUAUAGAGUGCCAUUUGCUCCUUUCACAGGGGUGAACCAUCAUGGUCAGACAGUUCUGUUUGGUUGUGCAUUACUUCUAGAUGAAUCUGAGGCAACGUUUGUCUGGCUGUUCAAGACUUUUCUCACUGCAAUGAAUGAUCAUGCCCCUGUCUCUAUUAUAACUGAUCAGGACAAAGCCAUACAAUCAGCCGUUUCUCAGGUAUUUCCUGAGGCCCGCCACUGUAUUAACAAGUGGCAUGUAUUAAGAGAAGGCCAGGAACGGUUGGCUCAUGUAUGUCAUGCACAUCCUAAUUUUCAGGUGGAGCUCUAUAACUGUAUCAACAUGACUGAGACAAUUGAGGAAUUUGAACUAGCUUGGGAUUCUAUCCUAGAAAAAUAUGAUCUCAGGAGGAAUGAUUGGCUUCAGUCAUUAUACAAUGCACGCGGACAAUGGGUCCCAGUGUAUUUUCGGGAUUCUUUCUUUGGUGCAAUUUCUCCAAAUCAACGAAAUGAGAGCUCUUUUUUUGAUGGUUAUGUAAAUCAACAGACUACCUUACCGAUGUUCUUUAGGCAGUAUGAAAGAGCUUUAGAAAAUUCAAUUGAAAAGGAAAUAGAAGCAGAUUUUGAUACACUUUGCACCACACCAGUAUUGAGGACACCAUCACCAAUGGAAAAGCAGGCAGCGAACCUAUACACAAAGAAAAUUUUUUCAAAAUUUCAGGAAGAGUUGGUUGAGACAUUCGUGUAUACAGCAAACAGAAUUGAUGGUGAUGGGGCAAUUAGCACAUACAGAGUUGCAAAGUUUGAGGAUGAUAGAAAAGCCUACAUCGUGUCUCUAAACAUUCAGGAUAUGAGAGCAAAUUGUAGCUGCCAGAUGUUUGAGUACUCGGGCAUCCUCUGCAGACAUAUUUUGACAGUUUUUACCGUGACAAAUGUACUUACUCUGCCAUCUCAUUACAUCGUGAAGCGGUGGACAAGGAAUGCAAAAAGUGGGGUUGGACUAGAUGAACAUGGUGAACUACAUGGCCAAGAGGUGCUGACCGUGCGGUACAACAAUCUAUGUCGGGAAGCCAUCAGAUAUGCUGAGGAAGGGGCUGUAGCUCCAGAGACAUACAAUGUGGCAAUGGUUGCUCUUAGAGAAGGGGGCAAGAAGGUGGCUGUUGUGAAGAAAAAUGUUGCAAAAGUUGCACCCCCCAGCUCACAGGUUAGUGGGGUUGGUUACGAAGAUCGGAGGACCUCUACUUCAGUGCCAGAUAUGACCCCUCCUCUGUUGUGGCCACGACAAGAUGAAAUGACCCGACGUUUUAAUCUCAAUGAUGCUGGCGUCCCUGCACAACCUGUUGCAGAUUUGAAUCUUCCACGCAUGGCCCCCGUGUCUCUUCACCGUGAUGAUGGCCACCCUGAUAACAUGGUGAUUCUUCCUUGUCUCAAGUCAAUGACCUGGGUGAUGGAGAACAAGAAUUCGACACCUGCCAACCGAGUAGCUGUAAUCAACUUGAAGUUACAAGAUUAUAGCAGGACACCAUCGGGAGAAUCUGAGGUUAAGUUUCAGCUGUCAAGGGUCACAUUAGAGCCCAUGUUGAGGUCAAUGGCCUACAUCAGUGAGCAGCUUUCUACCCCAGCCAAUAAGGUUGCUGUUAUCAAUCUAAAGCUCCAAGAUACGGAAACAACUUCAGGGGAAUCAGAGGUGAAAUUUCAGGUGUCAAGGGAUACGUUAGGGGCCAUGUUGAGGUCAAUGGCUUAUAUUCGUGAGCAGCUCUCUAAUGGGGCUGAGUCUCUAUCAGAAACCCCGUCAAAAAAGCAACGGAAGUAGAUGCAAUGUUCUUUCUGUUUUAUUAGCAGGUGUGUGAUUCUCUCACCUUCGUGGAUGGUAUUGGUUAUCUCAUCAAAACUGUGCCACCACUUUCGAGUUUGGGAUGGUUUGGGUUGUUCCUCUUUAGAGUAGGGUAGCUUCUGUUGCAUUUCCAUGUAAGCUUGCUCUUCUGCAUAUUUAUACAUGUAAAGUUACCAAGCCAGAAUUCUGUUCUCGGGUGUGAUAUGGUUUUCACUGUACAAUGCCUCAGAGUAGAUGAGGCUGUUGUGUAUGCGUUUUCUAGGUUCUCUUUCUUUCCACAUGAUAAAAUCAACAAAAUACAUGAUGAUUUCUCUCAGAGACAAGCUGCUCUAAUUAUUUAGCCUUUUCAUCAUCUCUAACCAUCGGAAGAAGUAUUGAUGCUCACCACAGCAUCAUCCUUGAGUUUUUUGGAAUGCACAGGAAUUAUGGAUGGCAAAAAAAUUUCCAUUGCCUACACCAGUAUGAGUUUGCUGCUCUUUUUUUCUCUUUUUUUUUUUUUCAGGUCGUUGCAGCUGUAAUAAUUUUACUUUUGUUUGUAUACAGGAUCAAUCUAGUUGUGGCUGGUUAUAGCAAUUUCUUUGUUUUGUGGCGUCUUUUGUUCUAAUGGUAAUUCUUCAACUCUCUCAUUCAGUUAUAAAUGCAACAGGAAAAUGAAAUGGAAUGACAGUACUCGUUGGAUCAUCAUGUAAUAUACCACCUUUCUUUCCUGUUAUGGUAUUUAUUUGGUAUU